AUGAGUCUUGACAUGUAUUUUAAGGUACAUGGGAUAAAUUUGGAAGAUGAAGAAGAUGAGGAAGAUGAGGAAGAUGAGCUUAAUGAUGCUGCAAAUGAUGAGGGUAAUGGAGGACAAGCUAGUAAUGAAGGCACAAUAAAGAAGAAAACUCGUGGAAAGACUAUGUGCAAAAAGUUUCAUGCCACUGAUUUUAAUGAUCGACGGGAGGUGAAAUUUUUUGGAGGGCAGCCUAUAGGUCCAACCAAGGAGGUUGUAUCUAACCUCAACCAACUCUUGGGCACAACAGUUAGAAAUCCUCGUUUUGUGACUUUGCUAUAUACUAGUUGGCAUGGUGUGUCUAAAAACCUCAAAGAGGACAUGUGGGAGUAUGCCAAUGUUGUAUCUACUAAGAAUGCUGAAAAUAGGUCAAAGCAAACAUGUCCUCACCGAAUGGGUUCCAUAAAUUUUGGAAUAGUGCGCAAGCAGCUGCGCGACUCUAAAGAGAACAGUGAAGAACCAUCAAGAGUUGAAGUUUUCAUAGCAACUCGCACAAGUAAAAAAGGAAAAGAAAUUAAUGCUAAAACGCAAAGCACAAUUGCUGAACUUCAAACCCGCAUAGAGGCAGGGGAAAAUGAUGAGGAUGCAUUUAUAGGAGUGUUAGGAAAUGACCAACCAGGUCGAGUUCGUUGUUUUGGGGCUUCGAUUACAAAAAGCUCUCUUAAAAAGGAUGAGGAGAUUCAACAAGUCAAGGUUGAAUACAACAAGAAGGUUGAAUCAUUAGAGAAGAAGAUGGAUGGUGUAUGUAGUUUAUUAAAGGUAUUGGUGCACCAAGUCAACCCUGGAAUGAGUGAGGAAGAGGUAGCAGCCUUAGUGCAAGCUGCCCAAAAUUUUCCUUUGGAUGCCUCAAGUAGCAGACCGAGAAAUACUCCUCGCUCCUCCGAAUCAACUCAUAUUCCUCCCAAAGAUACUCCAGAAGGAAUUAAUGGCUCUCAUGGUAUAUCUCAUUUUGCUUGA